AUGGGCGACCUCGAUCUUGACACAGCAUGGCGGACUAUUCUUGAUGGCCACAGCCAGCAGCACAACUCUACGACAAAUCAUGAGCUUGGGGGCAUCGCAACAUCAAACAAGAGUGUGGCUUCCGUCUUCUUACCAGAACAGUCGAUGAGCAACAUCGACGUCACCCUGCAGAGGAUUCUAGCGACAGAGAUGGACCCACGGCUGGAAGUCACACAUAUGCAAAGUCUUCAAUCCAACACACUUAGUGACAACCUCGAUCUUUCCAGCCUGUGCAGUUCCAGCGGGUGGUACUCAGGUGAUUCACCACAACUGCAAGAUGACUGGAAUAAUUCCACAGCGCAGGUUGCCCAAGGUAUCGAGUUGUUCUUCAUCCACCUGUCUUCGUUCCUGCCGUUCAUUCAUCGGCCAACAUUCGAUAGCAAUAGAGCUGAUGAAAGUCUACUCUAUGGCAUGCUUGCUCUUGGGUAUCAAUAUGGCGAAGAUCCGGACGAUCAAGAGAGAGCUUCAUCCGGUGCUAGCCUAUCCUUAAGAUGCUAUUACCAAUCUCGCGCGUUGCUCAAAUCCAAUAACGACGAAGAGACGCUCGGCAAUCCUCAGAGAAUAAUGACCGUGCAAGCCUAUCUUCUACUACAGGUCCUGACUAUGAUGUAUCUCUGCGGAACAUCGUCAGCGUAUGGCUUGAAGAUACAUUCGAAGAUCGUCACGUUGGCGCGAGCGGGUAGACUUAUGCAACCACUACCAGCCCAAGCGACUGCAGCAGCAGAUUUAGAAUCUCUCUGGCAUCAAUUUGUUCAAAACGAAACGCAUAAGCGAACAUGCUUUGCCAUACAUCAGAUGGAUGCUUUGUGGUACCAGGCGCUUUCGGUCCCCCGAUCAUUAUCGCAUCUAGAAAUCAAACAGGAGUUGCCUUGCGCAACAGAUCACUGGACAGCACCAAACUCUGGCGAAUGGGCACACAAGCAAUUACUCCUGAGACAGACUGGCCCACCAACACAAUUCUCCGAAGUAGUCAAACAGUUCUUGACUUCCAGUCCGGAUCUACUUACAUUGUCUCCAUUCGACCCUUAUGCAACUAUCAACAUAAAUCAAUUCCUCAUUUCCAGUGCUAGAGAGGUGUCUGGUUGGUCUACGAUAACAGGUAUUCUGAGCACAGACAGAGUGGAGCCACUCAGGUCCUCUCUUGUUGCGCUAGAGCCUUUUGCUCGGGCACGCGGAAACAAUUCAGACCUAACGCAGGCUUCGCUGAAUGAAAUCACCUGGGAGACGGCGAUGAUUGAAUUACAAAUGUGGUCACCUACACACACUAGUGGUAUCAUCGAAGGGAGCAUAGAUGCAGUACUGUACCAGCUUACAGACCAUGCGCCGUCGUGUGAGUUUCUUUGUGAAUCACGCAUCUCAGACCUGGUUCAACCACAUGUCGAUUGGUUUCUGCGGUACCUGGAUGUGACCACAUCGCCAGAAACCGAAGGACCCUAG